AUGUCAUCAAUAACAGCCAAAAGUCAAAUUACCGGAAAAAUAGUACAAUUAUUAAAAACAUUACCGAAAGACAGAAUAAAACAUUAUGCCUCAUUCAAAGAUUCUCAAUUAAAAAGAUUUGAAAAUAAACAAAUACUACAGGAUAUAAGUGAAAAUGAUUUAAAAUUACAAUACAUUGCUCUCAAGGAACUAGUCAAUGAUAAAUAUAAAAAUUAUUAUAAAUUAGAUGAUAAAUUAUUAAAACCUAAAGGGAAUCCUGAAUAUUAUACUAGAUUAUUGAGUGAGAUUAAAGGUGAGAAAAAAGAAACAAUGUUUAGUGCUAUUAGAACUGUUGUAUUUGGUAAAUAG